AUGAUAUUAACAGAGAAUAAGCCAUCAACUGAACCUUCGUCGUUUAUUUUUUUAAAAAAUAUGUGCUCUUUUGCUUUAAUAAUUACACUUAUUAUUUAUACUUAUAAUCAGUUUUCACAAUUUUGUGAUUCGAUUUCUAAUCCCAAUCUUAAUUUCCGUCAACAAAACUUGAAAAAAUCAUUGUCUGACAGUCAAAAUGCCAAAAUUAUUAUAAGAGCUUGUAGUUCAUACCCUAUAAACUGUACUUACAAUAAUAAUGAAUGUGAACUAUAUGAAAACACCAAUUAUGAUACUACUACAUGUGACAGCGCUAAUUCUUUCCAUUAUGUUCUCGACUAUCAAGCAAUAGUAGAAAUAAAUCCUUUUAUCACUGAAGUUUAUUUGGAUGGGCUUGUAUUAGACGAUAAAUAUUAUAAAUCAAACACAAAUUCACUUAGAAAAUUAUUUAUUAUGAAUGAACAAACUAUGGUCGUAUAUUACUCAAUUACAAUUAGCGAACGUAUAACUGAUGAUUACGCAUAUGGUCUUGCGGGUGGUGAAGUCAUGGAUUUCGUUGACUUCAACGCGCAUACGUCUGCUAUAACCACUUCAAAAACACAAAAUAUAACAACCAUUAUAUUAAUGCCAGUAUCAAUGGAUAUUAAUUAUAAAGUGGAAUCUUAUUAUGAUUUUAGCAUGAUUAUAUCAAAUAUUGGUGGAUUCUUCAGUUUUUUAUCUGGAAUCUUUGUGUUUUUAUUUGGAACAAAUAAAUUGGCACCAUGGGGAUUUUUACAAACUCAUGUAUUUACUUGCUUAUGUACAAGAUAUCAAAGGAAACUUAUAAGGAAACUUAGAACUAAAUAUGAACCAAUUCCAUUCGUUAGUGGAAGGACCAAAAACGUCACAUUGGAGGAACGCGUUCAAAGUAUUGAAAAUAUACUCAAAGAAUAUUAUCUUGAUACUGAUUUUUUGAAUUCAUUAUUAAUAAAAGACAAAAUCGAUUACAAUAUAAUCGACGAUAAAGUCUAAAACAUUAAUAGAAUUUAUGAAUUGACCCUAAUUACUUAUGUGUCGUAAUAUUACACUACUUAUGAUUUAUUCCUUUUUUUCUUGACCUCAAGUCAAAAUUAAUCCGAAUGCCCGUAAUAAUUACUUACAGCUAGACAAUUUGGUUAUUUAGGUUUAGAGCAGUAUAAAUGUACUUAAAAGCUCGCAUUAUUCACACAAACAGAUCGGAGUUUACGGAUGUUUUUUUCUAAAUUAUGAAUGAAAUUUUAAUUUUUUUUUU